UCAAGAUGCAUUUUGUUACAUAUUUGGCGUGAAGCAUUUGCUUCUUGAGAGGAUGAACUCAAUCGACAUUUAUUUUGCGUUGUGGGAUACCCCCCUUUUCCGAAAACCUUGUUAUUUGUGCAAUAGAGGCAACAGUUUUUUUUCCAGUUUCGUGUGAAGCAUUGGCAUAGGAGGGGAUGAACCUUGUUGAUUUUCAAAAAUUAUUUUUCCGGAAAAGCUUGUGAACAUGACAUGAUUUAGAUUUUCUGAAGGCAUAAAGAAUCCUUGUCAACAUGUACCGAACAACAGAGCCGAGAGUCCAUGUGGCUGUUUCAAUAAUGUAAACAAUAAAAUGCAGAGAGAAUUAUCAACUUAUCCUCUCGGACCAUCAUUAAAAAAUAAAUUAAUCCAGUCUGGAUUUAUGUUGGUUGAAGAUGUAUACCAUUUAAAACCAUCAGAACUCAGUCGAGAAACAGGGCUGUCCUUAGAAGAUGCUCUGGAGGUGAUUAAAACAGUGACAGAGAAUGACAGUGAUCCAACAGGUCGUCAAUCUAAAAGUCCUAAAACACAGUCAGCCUUAGAAAUUCUACACACAGAACAGAAUCAGCCAAAUAUUAUAACGUUCUGUCAGCAGAUAGAUGACAUGCUCGGUGGAGGGGUACCAUUAUGUAAAAUGACAGAAUUUUGUGGAGCACCAGGAAUCGGGAAGACACAAAUGUGGUAUUGGCAGUAUUGUAUGCAACUAUGUGUUGAUGUACAGAUGCCGCAAUGUUUAGGUGGUGUUGAAGGUCAAGCUGUUUAUAUUGAUACUGAGGGUAGUUUUAUUGUUGAGAGAUUAGUAGAUAUAGCAGAUGCAACUAUUCAACAUUGUAACUUUAUGCUUAAGCAAAAUCAAGAUGAUGUUAGUGAAUUAAAAGAUUUCAGAUUAGAGAAUGUAUUAAAGGGUAUUCAUUAUUUCCGAUGUCAUGAUUAUAUCGAACUAUUAGCAAAUAUUCAACUUUUACCUGAUUUUUUGAAAGAACAUAAACAGGUUAAAUUGGUUGUAGUUGACAGUAUUGCAUUCCAUUUUCGACAUGAUUUUGAGGAUUUAUCACUGAGAACCCGAUUACUAACAGCCAUGGCACAAAAUUUUAUAAAAAUGGCCACCAAUUAUAAAUUAGCUAUAGUUUUAACCAAUCAGAUGACAACAAAGGUAAGAAGCGGUGCAGGGUCAUCGGGUCAAUCACAUUUAGUACCAGCCCUAGGAGAGAGUUGGGGUCAUGCCAGUACUAUCAGAUUAAUAUUACACUGGGUUGGUAAUGUACGAUAUGCUCUUUUAUACAAAUCACCGUCAAGAAAAGAAAAGGACGUCCCCUAUCAAAUUACAGUAGGUGGCAUAAGAGAUUUGAUUCAUGAUGAAGAUGAGGAAAUGGGGGCUGAUAAUAACCAACCAAUCAAACGACAGAAAAUAUCUUGAAAUAUUAACUAAUUUGUAAAUUUUACUAAAGUUAAUAUUAAGAAUCAUAUGUACAUAUAUCAUAGUUAUUAAAUAUUUCUCGGAGGAAUUGUAGUUAAAUUAAUUUUUCUCUUUUCUCUUCCCUUUUGCUGAGGCUCUUGGACUUUUUUUUGUAACUCCUCCAUCAACUGCCUCUAUUUUAUGUUGUAUGACUUCUUCCGUGGUUUUAAUUUGUUCAUCAACAGAUAUUUUCAUUUUCUUUAUUUCCUCUGCCAAAAAUGUUUGAAUCAUUGUUCUUAAUUCUUUUCUCGCUGGAGAUUCUUCUGAAAUACAGGAGAGAAUAAAGUAAAUAAUAAUAUUAUUUAAUAAGGUCUCAGAUGUUGGCAUUGGGAUAAACAUGUACCUUCACAUUUUUUGGAGUAGCCACCUUUUACCAUUGUGACCUUUGAACUUCUGUCACCUUUUCAAUAUCAUGUGACCCACUACCAACAGGUAGUCAAUGGAUUCAAUGGUAUGCUAAAUAUGAAGACAUGAAUAGAACUAGACCUGCAUGGCUGUGCUGAACCAGCUUUCAGGAGACAGACCAGAAGGAAUCGGACUAAUCUUCAACCCUUCUUAAAUAAAGUCAUUAUAUAUAUUACGCUUUCAUAUUAUUACAUAUAUAAUAAUAAAAAAAAGCUUAUUGUUUCUGUUAAGAUUAUUAUUUUUUUUCCCCAUAAAUCUUAUAUCUCAGAAUCUAACCAUAGGCAUAGGAUCUUUCUGAAACUUUUGUAACUUAUCUCCCCUUGAGUAAAUUAAGGAUCAAAAAAAUCAACAAAAUAUAGGUCAGUUUGCCUUGAAUUUUUUUCUGUACUAGCUAAGAAAUUACUGAUGCGUACACAAAAUAUGGAGUUUGUCAAUCAGACUGGAAGUGCCACCAUCUUGAAACGUGACAAAUCCCUAAGACUUUUGCGAUAUUUUACUUACAGACAUGAGUGUUAUAUUUUCUGAAUCUUUGAAGGAAUGCCUAAAAAUCUAUGGAGAAAAAUUUUGAUUUUGGUCAAUUGAUAGUCACCAUUUGGGAUUGAAUAUGAAAAAUUGUAAAAAAUCUACAUUAGCCCGUUAAAUGCGUAGGGCGUUAUAUAACGUCCUGGACAACUGCCACUCACCGUGUGUAGGGCGUAAUAUAACGCCUUGGAGGUAUUUUCCCCAACUUAUCCUUCGAACAUACGAUCGCAGCAUGUGUAGGACGUUAUAUUACGCCUGGUCGAGGAAAUCUAAUUGAAGGGAGACAACUCUAUUUACCGUUAGUUUUAAUAUGGUUCCAGACUACUAUCAUUUGUAUUCAGGAAUAAAAAGGUCCAAAAAUGA